AUUUUCAUCCCAUUUGUCUCCCUCUCUCCAUCUCCCUUCCUGUUCUUUCCAAACAGAUAUGUUUAACCCUGAGGUGGUCCACUGUAUUUGAUGCUCAGUGCGAUAGAUUUCCUUGACGAUGGACAGAAACCCCAGAGCACAGGACAGGGACCGUUCAACGGGUGCAGACUACUGUACAAUCAAAGAGGAGAAGGUAGCUGUAGUUUACUGUGGUCAAAUACGGCAAACUCCUUGGCUCAGUCAUCUCAAUCAGCCUUGUCUGACAGCAUGCAUCGCCUGCGUGUCUCAAUGUUGGUCUGCUUCAUACUCCUGGGAUUCCUCAGUUUCACAGGAGCAGAAGAGACAGAAACUGCUACAAAGGAAGGCAAAGGCAGGGAAAAACGUGAAAUGCCCAACUGGGCCCUUUGGUCGUCAGACUUCACAGGCUGGUUGCAGGAGCUGACUGCCCAGGCUGGUUACGACCGGAUCCAGGACCUGGCCAGAACCUACUGGGCCCACUUCCCUAUUGCCAGUUACCUAGGUUACGACAGCCCCGACGAAGACACAGAAGAAUCUAAGGGGGUACCGGAAUGAAGUUUGGGUCAAAUGAAAUCAUUGGAGAAGUUUUCAAAUCACUGCCUUUUAACUAUUGUCUGAAUAUUGCUUGAUCAAACUAUACCCUGAACAUAUUUAGUAGCAGACAGGCAUGCAUGCACACACAGUUAAUGCUAUAAAUCUCCUUUAAACAAA